ACAGAUGUACUACUAAUGAAGCGCAAGGCACAACACGGUUGGAACGUACAAGUAGUUCUGCGGGCAGUACAACUGAACGAUAAAAUUGAAUUGUCUCUCUUUCUCUGAACCUAUACGUACAAGCCGCCGAUCGCAUAUGUGUGCUUCGAUCAUCAGACCAUCGCCGCCCUGUCGUAGCGCACUUUUCGCCAGCAAUAGAGCCACUAAAACAACCUUUAAAGCCCCGAGGAUGGCGGCGUCAGCAUCGGCUUACCAGAAGCUUCUGACCGUCGGCACCAAAAUCAUCGGCGUCGGCCGUAACUAUGCCGCACAUGCGAAGGAACUCGGGAAUGCCGUGCCUAAGGAGCCGGUGCUGUUUCUAAAGCCGACGUCGUCGUAUCUGGAGAACGGCGCUAAAAUCGAGGUGCCGGAGCCGCUAGAGGCGCUGGAUCACGAAGUUGAGUUGGCUGUGGUCAUCGGUCAACGCGCUCGAGACGUGCCUGAAGCUACGGCCAUGGACUAUGUUGGAGGUUAUGCUCUUGCUUUGGAUAUGACGGCAAGGGAGAUCCAAUCUACUGCUAAGUCUGCAGGUCUUCCAUGGUCCGUGGCUAAGGGCCAAGAUACCUUCACUCCAAUCAGUUCUCUUUUACCCAAGUCCAUGUUGCCAGACCCUCACAACGUAGAACUGUGGUUAAAGGUUGAUGGAGAAAUACGGCAGAAAGGAUCAACUAGUGAUAUGAUAUUUAAGAUCCCAUUCUUGAUUAGCCACAUCAGUUCUAUCUUUACACUACUUGAGGGUGAUGUCAUCCUGACAGGGACUCCUCAAGGUGUUGGUCCUGUUAAGGUUGGUCAAAAGAUUGAAGCUGGAAUAACAGGCCUGUUGGAUGUGCACUUUGAUGUUGGAAGACGCCAUAGGCAUUCAUGAGCUAAACGCACCCAUCGUAACAGCAUUCAGGGUUUAUAUUUUUGUAGAAGCAGGCUGCUGAAGGUCAUUGGAAUUUGGAAAUUAUAGAUCGUUUGAACGUGUUAAAAACAUUUGUUUAUUAGCACAUCUAGAAGCCAAAAUUAGCUUCAAUAAGUUAUAACUCUAUAUAACAUACAUUGAAUUCUCAGAAUAAUUUGAGAGCUUCA